UCGAGUGGUCUACUUGCCUCUUUUUAUUUCCCAGCCGGCGACUUAUACACACUGCUUUACACCAUCAAACACAGCAUCCGCUCCAAACUUCACAGCGCGGCGGCAGAGGGACAACCUUGCAUGUACCGAGCGCCAUCAGAUAUCAUAACCUCAAUCGUCUUCAUAGAUUUCGCUAGGUUUCGUCAUCCAUCAUGAACGGAGAGUCAACACCCGCGUACUCUUCCAAGAAAGAGGCCCUUGACAUCCUGCACUAUCUCCGCAAGGAAUUCGACCCCAUAUCGCUACCCGCUGGAGUAGCUAGUCGAGCGGACCAUGUCCAGUUUGUCGCGGAGCGAGAUCUGCCCUACUUCCCCAUCCCUUUCAAAGAGACGGAAACAGCGGCUGCGCUGAAGGCUAUUGAAGGCUCGGUUGCGUCUCUCCUCGCCGAUACGCGGCAGGGCGAAUCUCCGUCAAAUAGGAAGAUCGUGGUUGACCUUGAGAAGACGACGGCGUUUCUGUUUCAAGCAUACCUGGCCAGGGUUGGAGGAUAUGGGAAGCUUGACAAGGAAGUGAAGGGGCUACUCAAAGACACGGAUUUGCUUCAAGCGCAGUCUGAUCCGUAUCGCCGCAUGUCUGCCAAUCUAUACGCCACCAAGACCCCCAACGAAUAUUAUCACAUCCACGGCUCGCUGGAAGCGUCGACAACGCUGCGAAUGAUUGGGCUGGAACCCUUUCGGCCUGACUUGAAGACGCACGAAGACAUUGUGCAGACGAUUGAGUCCGCGGUGAAGAAAUUUACAGUGGAUGAGCUCGAGAAGCUGAAUGCGGAGCAUAGACAAGCUGGUGUCAAGGCAUUUACUCACGCCGACUUUCUCAAGACUCCUCAUGGCAAGGCGAAUAUUGCGCUUCCGCCAUGGUCGGUCGAGGGCUUGGAGGAUCAAACGCCGCGGAUACCUCUCGCAGAGCAUCAGGGCAAUCGACUGCUAUCCGGCAUCAAGGUUCUGGAACUGUGUCGAAUCAUUGCCGGACCAACAAUCACCAGGAUUCUCGGCGAAUACGGCGCCGAAGUCAUCAAGGUGACGAGCCCGAACCUCAGCGACGUGCCAUUCUUCCAGGUCGACGGCAACAUGGGCAAGCGAGCGACGGACUUGGACCUCAAGACUCCGCAAGGGAGAGAAGCGUUUGAAACGCUACUGGGUGAGGCCGACGUCGUGGUCGACGGCUAUCGUCCUGGAGCCAUUGAAAAGCUGGGCUACGGACCAAAGCAGCUGUCCGAACUGGCCAUCAAGAGAGGCAAGGGGUUCGUCUAUGUCAACGAGAACUGCUUUGGUUAUGAAGGCGAGUGGGCGCACCGAGCUGGAUGGCAGCAGAUUGCCGACUGUGUGACGGGCAUCGCCUGGGAACAGGGCAAGUUCAUGGGCCGCAACGAGCCCAUGGUGCCCCCCUUUCCCAUAUCAGACUACGGAACAGGCUGCAUUGGCGCAAUCACCGCGCUGGUCGGCCUUUAUCACCGAGCAACCCGCGGAGGCUCGUGGCACGGCAAAGCCAGUCUCAUGCACUACGACCUCUUGCUGUUCAAAGUCGGCUUGCUGCCGGAGCAUGUCCAGCAGAAGCUCCGCGACACCAUGGGCCCAGAAGUUCUUGCGCUGCGGUACCACAACAGCGUGGACCAGAUCUCCGGGACCGUGCUGCGGCGGAUGCGGGAGGUCUAUCCUGGCUUUGUAGAGAAUCCAAAGUUUCUGGAUAAGUGGUAUGCCGACAAGUACAAGGCGGAGGUGCAUGUGGUGAAGCCGGUGGUGGAGGUUGAGGGCUUGGAGCUGGGGUUCAGACGGGCGAGUCGGCCGAAUGGCUCGGAUGAGGCGACGUGGGAGGUUGGUGAGGAGAAGGACUAUCGGCUUGAGUAG